AUUCAGAUUGUUUUUAUUUCUUAAGUUCACUCAGGUACUUAAAAUCCUUCUAGCAAAGGCUGGGAAAAGUGUUACGUUAAAGUAAAACACGAAAAAACAGUUGGCGGACCCGCGCUACCAUCCAUACCCGGUAAAGAAACGGUUCGCCGGCAGCAGGACCAACAAACAACCCGACACAUCCACCGCAAUCAACCAUGGCUAAGCUCAGAAUGUUCAUUUCGAAAAAUCUCGUCACCAUCGUGAUGGUACCGUCUUUGAUUGGACUGCAUUAUGCUUGGGAUUCGCUGCAGCGCAACAAGGCACUCGUUUCGGAAGAGGAGCGCAAAGAUCUACCAAUCGUUAUAGCCACUAAAGCAUUAUGGAAGAGUGUGGCCGGCGAACAGGAUGCCUCACGGGACUAAAAACCACCGGCAGCAUAUCGGCUACAGAACAUAUGUAUAGACAAACAACAACAAAGCUGUACAGGAUGAUAAAGGAGAGAGGCA